AUGUCACAGGUUCCUACUAAGAUUGUGCUUAAAAGCACUACUAAGAUGUCAUUAAAUGAUCGAUUUACACAUAUCCAGAAGACACGACCACAACCAACGGUGCAGAAUAUAAGAGGAAACAUGAUGUCACAACAACAACAAUCAGUUAGAAAUCAACGUCAAAAUCAACAAAAUAUUAAUCGGCCAGGAUUACAACAACAAUCUUCUAAAGUUAAACAGAAAAGUUUAAAACAACGCUUGGGAUCAAGUAAUAUUAAAGCUAGAUUAAAUUUUGGCGCUGUUAGAGGUCGAGGGGUACAGAGAGGAAAUUUCCAGAAUCAAGGUGGAUUAAGAGGUCAUACUCGAGGAAAUAGACGUGGUGGAAGACAAUUACAGCAGAGAGGUGGUCGCGGUGGUCGCGGUGGAGGCCGAGGUGGUAAUCGUGGUAACCGUGGUAGAGGUGGUAUGAGAGGACGUGGAAGUAGCAACAGUUUUAAUGAUGAAAAUCGAGGUGGUGGAAGAGGUAGAAGAGGAGCUAGAGGAAUGAGAGGCGCUCAGAGAGGUCAAAGAGGUCGUGGACGAGGUGGAAGGGGAGGUCAAAAUGGCAAACCACCAACAGCUGAAGAAUUAGAUAACCAAUUAGAUGCCUACAUGUCCAAAACUAAAUCACAUUUAGAUUCAGAAUUAGACCAAUAUAUGGCAGAGGCAAAUCCCACUUCUUAA